UUGAGGCGGAGAUGGCAGGCCGGUGGUGGUUGGCGCCCUUGCUGCCCUUACUGCUGCUCCUAUGGCGCGCAGAGACGGCGCACAUUAAGAAAGCCGAGGCUGCGGCUUCCACGACGGCGGCGAACACCUCGGUGACCGGAGCGGCUCUGGCGAUGCACUACAUGGACGAGGCCGAGCUGGCGUCCUCGCUGCGUUCGCUGGCGGAGGACGAGGCCCCGCCGGGCUUGGCGCGGCUCUUCUCCAUCGGCCGCUCGGGAGAGGGGCGGGAGCUGUGGGUGCUGCGCCUCGGCGCCAACCUGCCGGAGGUGGAGGCGGGCCCCGAUGCCGAUCCCGGCGGGCCGCCCGUCGCCGGCCGCCCUCAAGUCAAGCUGGUGGCCAACAUGCACGGCGACGAGACGCUGGGCCGGGCCCUCCUCGUGCGCCUGGCUCGCGAGCUGGUGUCCGGCUGGCUGCAGGGAGACCCCCGCCUGCGCCGCCUCCUCAACAGCACCGACCUCUACCUCAUGCCCAGCCUCAACCCGGAUGGCUUCGCGCGCGCCACCGAAGGGGACUGCGCAGGCGCCGCCGGCAAGGGCCCGGCAGGGCGCGAGAACGCCGGGGGCAAGGACCUCAACCGCAGCUUCCCCGACCAGUUCGCAACCGCGCGGCCGGAUCUGGCCACGGUCCCCGAAGUGCGCGCGCUCAUGGAAUGGAUGCGGCGCAACCGGUUUGUGCUUUCUGCGAACCUGCACGGGGGCUCUGUUGUUGCAAGCUAUCCAUAUGACGACUCUGCUGUGCACCAGCGCUCUGGGUUGUAUAGCAGAUCUGCUGAUGACGAAGUCUUCAAGUACUUGGCAAAGGCUUAUGCAUUGAACCACCCAAUAAUGAAAACUGGCACUCCAAACUGCCCUGGGGAGGAGAACGAAGUUUUCGAAGGAGGCAUCACUAACGGUGCUCAGUGGUAUGACGUGGAAGGUGGCAUGCAGGAUUAUAACUAUGUGUGGGCCAACUGCUUUGAAGUCACCUUCGAGCUUUCCUGCUGCAAAUACCCCCCAGCAUCGCAGCUUGAGCUGGAGUGGGAGAAUAACCGGGAAUCUCUUCUCACCUUUAUUGAAAAAGUCCACAUUGGGAUCAAAGGGUUUGUCCGGGAUUCGGUCACUCAGGCUGGCUUGGAAAAUGCAACUAUUUCCGUGGCUGGGAUUGCUCAUAACAUCACUACUGGUCGUUUCGGUGAUUAUCACAGAUUGCUGGUUCCCAGAACCUACAACAUCACAGCGGCUGCUGUGGGUUACCUGCUGGUCACCAUGGUAAAUGUGGAGGUGAAGGAAGGGAAUGCAACUGUGGUGGACUUCUCCUUGGAGCCUACAGUAGCAGUGCCGAUCUCUGAUCCUACCCAGGAUACACCAGUAACUGCCACCGACUCUGCUCCCAAUGCUACCAAUGUGACCAGUACAGAAAGGCCAACCCCUGCCCACCAAGCGAUCCAGCCAAAGGACUUCCGUCAUCAUCACUUCCCAGACAUGGAAAUUUUCCUGAGGAAGUAUGCCAAUGAGUACCCAAGCAUCACCCGCCUCUACUCAGCAGGCAAGUCGGUGGAGCAGAGGGAGCUGUAUGUGAUGGAGAUAUCGGACAACCCAGGAAUCCAUGAAUUGGGUGAACCAGAAUUCAAGUACAUUGGGAACAUGCACGGCAAUGAGGUGGUGGGCCGAGAGCUGCUCCUUAAUCUCAUUGAGUAUCUCUGCAAGAACUAUGGGACUGAUCCUGAAGUAACAGACUUGGUUCAAAAGACUCGAAUCCACAUCAUGCCCUCCAUGAACCCUGAUGGCUAUGAGAAAUCUCAAGAAGGAGACAGAGAAGGUACUCUUGGCAGGAAUAACAGCAACAAUUAUGACCUAAAUAGGAAUUUUCCAGAUCAGUUUUUUCAGAUUUCAGACCCUCUACAGCCAGAGACGAUGGCUGUCAUGAAUUGGCUGAAGACCUAUCCUUUUGUGCUGUCUGCAAACUUGCACGGAGGGUCUCUAGUUGUUAAUUACCCCUAUGAUGAUGACCAACGUGGCACUGCCACGUACAGUAAAUCCCCAGAUGAUUCCCUGUUUCAACAAAUUGCUCUUUCCUACGCCAAGGAAAACGCACAGAUGUUCCAGGGUCACCCAUGUGUAGAAAUGUAUCCUGAUGAAUACUUCCCUCAUGGUAUCACAAAUGGAGCUCACUGGUAUAACGUUCCAGGCGGAAUGCAGGACUGGAAUUAUUUAAACACAAAUUGCUUUGAAUUGACCAUUGAGCUGGGCUGUGUCAAAUACCCCAAGGCAGAAGAGUUGCCCAGGUAUUGGGAGCAGAAUCGCAAGUCUCUCCUGCAGUUCAUUAAGCAGGUUCACCGGGGUGUCAAAGGCUUUGUGUUGGAUGCCACAGAUGGACAGGGCAUCUUAAAUGCAACCAUCAGCAUUGCCAACAUCGAUCACCCUGUUUCUACUUAUACGGGUGGAGACUAUUGGCGCCUGUUGGCCCAGGGCACUUACAAGAUCACAGUGUCGGCCCGAGGAUAUAAUUCAGAAACAAAGAUCGUGAAAGUAGGUGACAAAUCCGCAGUGCAAGUCAACUUCACUUUGACCCGGAAAGAUUCCAAAAUGGAGGAGGGGAAAAUGCCUGACAUUAACAUGGCAGAUGCCAGCGACCCAAUUACCAAGGAGUUUGAGAUGCUGAUCAAAAACCUCUCGGCUGAGAAUGGGCUAGAACACCUCUUGCUGACUUCCACGGCAGAUGUCCUUCCUUAUCGGUACCGACCCUACAAAGAUCUGUCCAUGUUCCUUCGAGGCCUAAACCUGAAUUACCCUCUGAUCACAAAUCUCACUAGUUUGGGCCAGAGUGUUGAGUUUCGUCAGAUCUGGUCCCUGGAAAUCUCCAACAAACCCAACCAAUCUGAACCAGAGGAGCCAAAGAUCCGUUUUGUUGCUGGCAUCCAUGGCAAUGCUCCAGUUGGCACAGAACUGCUUUUGGCACUGGCAGAAUUCCUCUGCAUGAACUACAAAAAGAAUCUGGCUGUCACAAAGCUGAUCGACAAGACAAGAAUUGUGAUCGUGCCCUCCCUGAACCCAGAUGGUCGUGAGAUUGCUCAGGAGAGAGACUGUGCUUCGAAGAUAGGGCAAACCAAUGCACAUGGCAAAGAUCUGGAUACUGAUUUCACAAGUAAUUCCUCCCAGCAGUCUGGUGCACGAGAACCAGAAACCAAGGCCAUCAUCGAGAACCUGAUAAUGAAGGAAGACUUCAGCCUCUCUGUUGCCUUGGACGGAGGGUCCCUGCUUGUUACUUACCCCUACGACAAGCCGGUGCAGACAGUUGAGAACAAAGAGACCCUGAAACAUUUGGCAUCUCUGUAUGCAACCAACCAUCCCACAAUGUACCUUGGCCAGUCCAGCUGUCCAAACAGAUCAGAUGAAAACAUUCCAGGAGGAGUGAUGCUUGGGGCAGAGUGGCACAGUCACUUGGGCAGCAUGAAGGAUUUCAGUGUUGCAUAUGGGCAUUGCCCAGAGAUUACAGUGUACACUGGCUGCUGUUACUUCCCAGCCGCAGGACAGCUCCCUGCUCUGUGGGUAGAGAACAAGAAAUCUCUUCUUGCCAUGCUUGUUGAGGUUCACAAGGGAAUCUAUGGGCUGGUCCAAGACAGGCACGGAAGACCAGUUUCGAAAGUUGAAAUUGUGCUGAAUGAACGGGUGAAAGUCAGCACCAAGGAAGGUGGCUAUUUCCAUGUGUUGCUGACUCCUGGCUACCACAAUCUUCAUGCCAAGGCCGAUGGUUAUCAGCAGCAGCACAUCCAGGUCUUAGUUCACCAUGACGUUGCUACUUUCGUGCACAUCCAAUUUGAUAUGGACAACAGGAUUUUUGGUCUUCCCAGGGAGUUGGUGGUCACAGUAGCAGGUGCCACCAUGUCGGCCCUGCUUCUCACAGCCUGCAUCAUCUGGUGCGUCUGUUCCAUCAAGUCCAACCGGCACAAGGAUGGUUUCCACCGCCUACGGCAGCACCACGAUGACUAUGAGGAUGAGAUCCGUAUGAUGUCCACAGGAUCUAAGAAGUCCCUUCUGAGCCAUGAAUUCCAGGACGAAACAGACACUGAGGAGGAAACACUUUACUCCAGCAAACACUGACCCACCUGCUGGCAGGGGAGGCUCCCUGCAGAGACAGAUGCUGCAACACUAAGCAUUUCUCAAGUGACGGACCUAGAUCACAUGACCUCUGGAGCCAGGACCUCUGUGGAUCACUCUCAUUCCUAUUUAUGCACAAGGAAGCUCUGCUCUGCCACUGGAAACUUUUCCAGUGGGAAUCUUGAAUUGGGGCUCUUUCAGAGCUGGUAUUGGCAGCGUGGUUGCUUGCAAUCCACUCCAGGGAAGCAGAGCCGCUGCUGGUAGCCACCUUUGUAGCACUUCUGCAUUUAUUUUUUUUGCCUAAGGAAUGCAUUGUAGUGACCAUGAUUUUCUAUAAGCUGUUACAACGCCAUAAAGGUGGCUUCAGAACCUCUUUCACUUCUGCCUUUGUUCAAGUCCCACAGUCUUGCUGCCUUCUCGGAAGCAUUUAAACAUCUCCUUCUAAAUAAGGACUUCAAAUUAGAUAAUAUUGGCAGGUCACGUGCCACAAAGAAAACAGGACAGGAGGAUUGUUGUAUCCAGAUGUGAGAAUCUCUGGUUGAGGCUGCAGCCUGUGCAAAAUAAAACCAAUAUGUUUGUUUUGUUUGAAUUCUCUUGCACAAAUACUGCUUCAGAAUAUCUACAGUUUUCUACGUGAGAAUGUAGAAUAGCAAAAGGUGCAUUUCUGCACUUAACAGGAUAACUUUUGGUCUGUCUAAUAUUAACUCAUACCAUAACUAAGAGCCGGAUUUCCCAAACUGGUGCCAAAUGAGAUUUUUUUUUGUUGGCUCGUUUUUUGGGGUCAGCUUUCUUGUGCAGUUGUAGUCUGGAAUUUUUUUUAAAUGGCCUUUUAAUAAUAAAUUUAACCUAGACACUACUUUGACAGUUCAUAGGGCCACUUAAGAAAAACUUCCCCACCAUCCUCUCACCAGCCUGAGUUUGUUACUACAGAUCUCAGUUCUUCUGUUGACAUCUUGCUGUUCAGUUGUUCUGUGUCCAAACCAUGCAGCGGUCCUAUUUUGGGAUAGAGGCUGUGUAGUGGUUUUUGUCACAGGAUCUGAGGAACAUGUCUGUCUAGCCUUUUUUGAAAGCACUUUGGUUUGGGGGUAGGUGGGGCUUGUAUGUAGUGGGAAGUGUGAGAAGCUGUUGCAGAGUAGCUGUUGGGCCACAAAAUCUGCCUUAGAUCAGCUCUUCGCCUGUGCCAUUUUAAAAAAACAAACCACAUUUUUACAAUCUUGGUUUAUUGAGGGAGAAAACUGGAUUCAGUUGAGUGAAUUAUUAACCUUGGCAAGCCAUGAAGGUAAUUUGCUAAAGAAUGAGGAUUGGCUCUCUAUUAAUGGGAUUGAAGUAAUUUCUCCAGAAUGCUAGCUGGCAAGGACAGAAGACAUGUUGGUUUUUGACCAGAGAAUGGACUCUUUCCCCAUAGCGUAUGUUGGAUUCUUGUCUUUGGUUUUCUCCCCUCCCCGCCAAUGCUCCUUCUAGGCUGUGAAGUUUUGUGAGCAAAAAUUCUACUUU